AUGCCAUCCUCAAUGCGCAUGGCUACCGGAAUCCUCGGCCGAGCCACCCGCAACCUGGCCGCCAUUGAGUCAACCCCUUCGCAUCGCAUCUUCCCUGCCCUCCGCAACACCAGCCAACCACAAUGCCGCGCCUACACGCAAGCGCAGCGACCCCGGUACAAUCAGAACCUCCAAUGCACAUUCAAUGCACGCAAUAACUUCUCCACGACUGCUUUCCGAGCUCGUGGCAAGACAAUGGGCCAGCUGCGCCAGCGCAACUCGACCGGCCCGUUCUCGUGGAAGGCUGCGCUGUUGUUCGUGCUCACCGGUGCGGGUAUGAUGAUCUACUUCCGCGUUGAAAAGGCACGUCUAGAGCGGAAGCGGAUUGCGGAGAUGAGCAAGGGCGUUGGGAGGCCGAAGGUUGGCGGUCCGUUCGUUCUGACGGAUCUGGAUGGAAAGGAGUUCACCGAGGAGGAUCUGAAGGGCAAAUACAGCUUUGUCUACUUUGGUUUCACCCACUGCCCCGAUAUCUGCCCUGACGAGCUGGACAAGAUGGCCGAGAUCAUUGAGAAGGUCAAGGAGUCCACCAAGGACGACAAGGUUUUCCUCCCGGUCUUCAUUACCUGCGACCCCGCCCGUGAUACCCCAGAGGUCUUGCGCGAGUACUUGAAGGAGUUCCACCCGGGCAUCGUUGGCUUGACUGGUACCUACGAGCAGGUCAAGAACGUCUGCCGCCAGUACCGCGUGUACUUCAGCACGCCCAAGGAUGUCAAGCCUGGCGAGGAUUAUCUGGUGGACCACAGCAUUUACUUCUACCUGAUGGAUCCCGAUAACGACUUUGUCGAGUGCAUUGGCCGACAGGAUACCCCCGAGUCUGCCUCCAAGGUGAUCCUUGAGCACAUCAGUGACUGGAAGAGAGAAGGAAAGCCCUUGAAGCUUGAGUAA